AUGCCGCUGCGGGAACAGCAACGAGAAUACCACAACAGGGAACAGCAACAAAAAGGCCGCGCAGAGAACAUCAUAGAGAUAUGCCGCUGCUGGAACAGCAACAUAGGAGCACUGCCUGACAGCUGUGUUCCUGAGCACCAUGGCCCGCCUCUCAGCUAUGUUGCUGCCAGUCUGCUGUCACGGCGUGUAACCUACAACAGGAGGAACCGCGUCUCUGUUGCCUUGUACCCCUCCCCCCCAGCUUAUAGCGUGGUGCCACCAGAGAUCAGUGAACUAGCCUGCCAGCAGUGCCACCAGAGAUCAGUAACCAGCCCGCCACAGUGCCACCAGAGAUCAGUGAACUGCCCCGCCAGCAGUGCCACCAGGAUCAGGAACCAGCCCGCCACAGUGCCAUCAGAGAUCAGUGAACUACCCCGCCACAUGCCACCAGAGACCAGUGAACUAGCUCGCCACAGUGCCACCAGAGAUCAGUGCGAACUACCCCGCCACAGCCACCAGAGACUGGUGAACUACUUCCCGCUGCCAGUGCUGCCACCAGAGAUCAGUGAACUGGGAUUCGCCACAGUGCCACCAGAGAUCAAAUGCUACCAGAAGAGAUCAGUGAACUACCCUGCCAUGCCAUCAGAGACAGUGAACUACUCCCGGCCAAGAAAGUGCCACCAGAGAUCAGUGAACUACCCCGCCACAGUGCCACCAGAGAUCAGGGUGCCACCAGAGACCAGUGAACUGAUUCCGCCACAGUGCUGCUACCCAGAGAUCAGUGAACUAGCCUUGCCACAGUGCUACCAGAGAUCAGUGAACUACUCCUGCCACAGUGCCACCAGAGAUCAGUGUGAACUACCCCUGCCACAGUGCCACCAGAGACUGGUGCCACCAGAGAUCAGUGUGAACUACCCUGCCACAGUGCCAUCAGAGAUCAGUGAACUAGCCCGCCACAGUGCCACCAGAGACCAGGAACUACCCCGCCAGUGCCAACAGAGAUCAUGCCACCUAGAGAUCAGUGAAUCACCCCUGCCAGUGCCACCCAGAGACUGCGUGAACUACCCCGCUGCUGGAAAAGCACCAGAGAUCGCGGAAUCACUCCCCGCCACAGUGCUACCAGAGAUCAGUGAAUCACCCCGCCACAGUGCCAUAUCAGAGAUCAGUGAACUACCCCGCCACAGUGCCACCAGAGAUCAUGCCACCAGAGAUCAGUGGAACUCCCCGCCACAGUGCUGCUACCAGAGAUCAGUGAACUACCCGCCACAGUGCUACUCAGAGAUCAGUGAACUACCCCGCCACAGUGCCACCAGAGAUCGUGAACUACCCCGCCACAGUGCUACCUCAGAGAUCAGUGAACUACCCCUGCCACAGUGCCAUCAGAGAUCAUGCUGCCACCAGAGAUCAGUGAACUACCCCGCCACAGUGCGCUACCAGAGAUCAGUGAACUACCCCUGCCACAGUGCCAUCAGAGAUCAGAACUACUCCCGCCGCCAGUGCCACCAGAGAUCAGUGCACCUGGCCUUGCCACAGUGCCACCAGAGAUCAGCAACUACCCGCCACAGUGCCACCAGAGAUCAUGCCACCAGAGAUCGUGAACUACUCCCGCCACAGUGCCACCAGAGAUCAGUGAACUACCCCACAGUGCUACCAGAGAUCAGUGAACUACCCCGCGCUACAGUGCCAUCAGAGAUCAGUGAACUACCCGCCACAGUGCUACCAGAGAUCAGUGAACUACCCCGCCACAGUGCCACCAGAGAUCAUGCCACCAGAGAUCAGCAACCAGCCCGCCACAGUGCCACACCAGAGAUCAGUGACCCAGCCCGCCACAGUGCCACCCAGAGAUCAGUGACUCCACCCCGCCACAGUGCUACCAGAGAUCAGCGUGAACCACCUGCCACAGUGCCACCAGAGAUCAUGCUGCCACCAGAGAUCAGUGAAUCAUUCUGCCACAGUGCCACCACAGAGAUCAGUGAACUACCCCGCCACAGUGUCACCAGAGACUGUGUGAACUACCCCGCCACAGUGCCACCAGAGAUCAGUGAACUACCCCGCCACAGUGCCACCCAGAGAUCAGUGUGA